AAGGUCUGCGUCAUCACCGGCGCGAACACCGGCCUCGGCUUCAUCGCCGCGAAAGAGAUCGCGAAGAAGCCCGGGUACAAGGUCGUCAUGGCGUGCCGCGACGCGACGCGCGCGGCGAACGCGGCGAAGACGAUCGCCGAGGAGAUCCCGGGCGCGGACGUCGACGCGUCGCUGACGCUCGACCUCGCGUCGUUAUCCUCCGUGGAGCGAUUCGCGGCGGCGUUCGACGAGAAGUACGGCCGCCUGGACGUCCUGAUGAACAACGCGGGCGUCAUGGCGUUGCCGAACCGCGAGACGACGGAAGACGGCCUCGAGAUGCAGAUGGGCGUGAACCACCACGGCCACUUCGCGCUCACGUCCCGCCUCAUGCCGACCGUCUUGCGCACCCCGGGGCGGAAGCGCAUCGUGAACGUGUCGUCCGUCGCGCACGAGUGGGGGCACAUCGACUUCGACAACAUCAACAGCGACGGGUUCUUCGGAUAUUUAGGCGCGUACCAUCUCACACUGCUGUCCAACCUGUACUUCACGUACGAGCUCCAUCGGCGGCUUCGCGCGAUGCCCCCGGGGAGCGGCGGCGACCUCGUGGACGUCAACGCGGUUCACCCCGGGGUCGUGGACACCGAGCUU